GGCCGCGGCGAUCCUCAGCGCGGGGCGAUCGUCAGCGCCGCUCUUUUCUCUCGCCGUUCGCUGCCGCUGUCACCCCUGCUCUCUUUUUGAAGAAUGUCCGCGUUGGCGAGCGGAGAAGCGUCCCAGAACGUGCGGAAAGGGAGAAGAAUCGUGAAGUCCCGCUACCUGCAGUACGAUAAGAAAGAGUCCAGUAAGAAUGCUUCAACAAAAUCCCUUUCGUCAUCGACUUCCAGUGCAUCUUCCACAGCUAAAGCCAGACCGGCGCUCACUCAGAAGUCUGAGGUUUCUGGUGUUGCCUCUGGCUUGUUAAAUCAGAGUAGUUUUGGGAAACGUGACCUACAAUCCACUUUAUUAGAUGGAGAUAAAGUUACUCGACCAGACCUUGAUCUUUCAGCUAUUAAUGAUAAAACUGUUCUCCAGAAAUCUGCAAGUUCAAAGGCUUCUUGCAAAACAGAUAAAAGGGCAUGUGUAAAAAAACAGAAAUCGAAAAACAAUCCUGUUGCUGUGGGGGCAGAGCUAAAAUCUCAGGAGCUGAUUUUAACUUACCUAAUAAUGAAGCAGAGGAAGGAUGUUGCUCAGCUUGAGGAAAAAGCAGAAGAAAACUUGUUAAUGUUGUGUGAAGAAAAAGAGAGACAACAGGAGAAUCUCUAUGAGUUGAAGCGUGAAAUUCUGCUCAGAGAGAGAGAAGAGAAGCUUGAUGAGGAGCUUGUAAAACAGAUGGAAGUACUUUCUCCUCUUGUUCCUCUUCUUGAACAGUUUAAAGAGCAGUACAAGAGCUUUGCAGUUGCUCUGGAUGCCACUAGACAUAAAUUACCCAUUAAAAACAUUCACAUAGAGGGAGAUAUGCCAGCGUACCUAGACAAACUGCAAAAGCAGUUGACUGUGACACAGGAACUUCUGGCAGAAGUUAUGCCAGACUGCUCAGAAGAAAGUGCAGAAGUGUUCAGUGAACUGCAAGGUACUGAAGAGGUGUUUCAAAAACUGGAGAAAGAACUUCGAAGGAGCUUCACACAAGUGCAGAACCUGUCGUAUGAAGCUAAUAAAGAAGUUUCGCUGCAUAAUCAAAGAAUGUGUGAAGACUGUCAUGGCGUAGAUGUUGUGAAACACUGGUACUUCAACUGAGUGUCCGUGACUCGUGUGUUUUAUUUUUGUUUGCUACUGAUGGGUGGGUAGAGUCAAUGUCAGUAGGCUUGUAUUUUUUUCUUUAUUGUCUUUGAUUUGUUCUGUACCCUUGCUUUAUUUAUGGACAUACAACACAUCCAGCUUUCCAGUUAUACCAGAAUAUGAAAGCAGCUACGUGUGUGACUGAUAUAAAAAUGGAGGUUUCUUCUGCUUACCCAUAAGGAGACUUUUUUUUUUUUAAACAGCCAUUUCUGUGACACCUUUAUCAUCACUUGUUGCCUUGACAAUAUUGAAAGUUAAAUCAAAUGUAAUUCUUAGCAAACAUGAAUAACGCAUUCUUAAACUCAUUUUACUUUCUUGCACCUGGCUUCAAGUGCCCUGGUUUGCAACUCUUCACAAAGUAGUGUUCCUUACAGGGCCACGUACCCUUGUGGCCCUGUGUUUUUUGUACUGUACAUUUUUUUUAUCUAGUUAGGAGAACCAGGAGGAAUGCACAGCAUGAUCAUUAAUCACUUGGUGAGCAGCUUCCGGAGGAACUCUUACUUGCCCCUUGUAUCUGGAUUUUUCAAGAGGAAAAGCAAAGAAUGAGGCUGAUGAACAGGAGAUGGGUUGCUUGUAACAAGUAGAGUUUUGGUAAUUGUUGCCUAAUUGUCUUGUAAAUAAAUUACUAAAACUUAAAUGCUUUUGUAUUGAUGCUUUCUCUUGAAGUACUUUAGAUCUUUAUUUUAAAAUAAAGACUAUUUUUUCACUGCUCGA